UUGUCGAACCUGUCGUACAAAUGUUUGCCUGAAUGCGAGCAUUUUGAUUAUCCAUUGGAGGUGGCUGUAGGGAACCUCGCUACGAACUUGCCUUUAAAUGGACUGUCAUUUUUUAACGUCGUCGACUUGGAAAACCAGUCCGUCCUAAACGUAUUUUUCGACGAUCUAGUAUCGACACGCUAUCGCCGUGAUGUUUAUUUCAACUGGCAAAAUUUACUUGGUAUGUAUAUUUCUUUUAAUACACUCAAAGCUAUUUAA